AUGUCUGACACCAAAGUUAUUCUGCACUCAUACGCUGCGACCCCCUUCGGUAACAAAGUCCAAUUUGUCUUGGACUAUAAGAAAAUCCAAUAUAGCUUCGUCAAGAUCCCCAUGGUGGCCGACCGACCUCUUCGUGCUCCAUUGGAUGGUGGAUAUCGCAAGACACCUAUUCUUCAAAUUGGCAGCGAUAUCUUUUGCGACACACAUAUUAUCAUUCAAGAACUCGAACGUAGAUGGCCUACUCCUACUCUCUUCCCCAAGACUCAUUCAGGAGCAGAUAUCACCGGUAUUGCCUGGGGAAUGACUGCGUGGACUGACACAUUGAUGUUCAAGGCCGUGGCUGCCCAACUUCCCAUGUCCACUUUCCCAAAGGAGUUUGUGCGAGACCGAGCAAACUUCAAUGGCUUGAAGGAUAUUGAUCCCAAGAAAGCGGAUGCCAUCUCUCCCUACGAAGCCGAGAGAUUGCGUGCACAGUUGUCAUGGCUGGAGGUUCAAUUGCAGGGUAAAAAGUGGGUCCUUGACACUACUGAUGUGUCCUUGGCCGACUUCAAUGCCGCCAUGCCUGUUUGGUUUUUGAAAUCGUUGCGUAAGGAUCAGCUUUUGGAGGAGUUCCCUUCUGUGAAGAGCUGGAUAGAACGUUUCUUUGCUGUUAUACCCAAAGGUAAACCAGCCAAGAUGACUGCAGAGGAGGCUUUGGAGAUCGCCAAGAACACACCGUCAACUGCUCAAGAGGCUGUCGAUGUCAAGGAGCCCAACGGUCUCAAGCCUGGCGAUUUAGUAAGGGUUACCCCCAUCGACACAGGACGUAUACCCGUGGUUGGCAGUGUUGUCAACAGCUCAGCAAAUCAUAUUGCUUUAAGACGCAAGGAUGCUGAGACCGGUAUAGAAACGGUGCUUCAUUUCCCCCGAUCUGGAUUCCUCGUCAUUCCUGUCAAGGGCAAGAUGUAA